UAAACUUAAUAGUCCCAUAAUUCCGAUCCGCAAAUUCCGAUCCAUUUUAUCUGGCAACACUGUUGAUUGUCUCCAGAAUUUUGUUUGUAUGUGUGUGUCUUAUUAUCACAAAUAGAAUUACUACACAAUUUAUAAAAUACUUCGCUCAAGGCAGCGCAAGCUCAUUAAAAGAUGGGGCAGAUGAUGGGAUCUUUUAAUGCUCGAAAUGUAGACCUUUACAUGGAUGAUAAACCAACCUUCGAUCAUCAAGCUGGAUUUAAUUAUGAACGGAAACAGAGAGAGAUGGUGGCUAAAGAAGAAGAUCUUAUAUCAGCUAGAAUUCCACCAGCAAAUAGGGAUUACUGUGCACACUACCUGUUAGAAUAUCAUCAGUGCCGAUACAAAAACAUGCCUCUAUUGUAUAAAUGUGCUCAUGAGAAACACCAUUAUUUGAAUUGUCAGCAUCAAGAUUAUGUCCUUCGCAUGAAAGAGUUUGAACGUGAGCGCCGCCUUCGAUUAAGAGAACAGCGUCUUGUUGGUGUAGCCUAAAUAAUGUCUCUGUAUUAGACAGAAUUUUUGUUAAUAUAUAUAUGAAAGUGUAAAUAGAAUCUAAA